AAAAGACAGUGCAUGGAAAUUGGGAGAACAAAUUUUAAUUAUACAUUUUGUCCACUAGCUCAAUCCUCCAAUCACCAACCCAGUCGCAUUUUUAGUUUAUCAUCAUACCAUCAACCGCCACUUCUCAGUACUCUGCUCCACCCACUAACUCUACGCUUCACAUCUCCACCUCCACCUCAGAUUUCCGGUUUCAGCUCUCGUGUCCGAAUCAAAAUGUCUCAAGCUGGUGAAGGUAAGGAUGAAACAAAACCAGCUAUGUCUCCAUAUGAAGAGGCAAUGGAGGCAUUAUCGUCAUUAAUUACAAAACGCAGUCGAGCUGAUAAGAGCAAUAAAGGCGAUAAAUUUGAAUUGCUCUUUGACUAUAUCAAGAUGCUGGAGCUAGAAGAGCCGAUUAAGAAGAUGAAGGUUAUCCAUGUUGCAGGUACCAAAGGAAAGGGUUCAACUUGCGUCUUCACAGAGUCUAUAUUGCGCAACUGUGGCUUUCGUACCGGGCUUUUUACAUCUCCUCACCUCAUUGAUGUUAGAGAACGAUUCCGAUUGGAUGGUAUGGACAUAUGUGAAGAGAAGUUUUUGGCAUAUUUCUGGUGGUGUUUCGAUAGAUUCAAGGAAAGAACCAGUGACGAGGUUCCAAUGCCCACGUACUUUCGCUUCCUCGCGUUACUUGCCUUCAAAAUAUUUGCAGCAGAGCAGGUAGAUGUUGCUAUCUUGGAAGUUGGAUUAGGAGGCAAAUAUGACGCAACAAAUGUGGUUGAGAAUCCAGUUGUUUGUGGUGUAUCUUCACUUGGAUAUGACCACAUGGAAAUUCUUGGAAAUACUCUUGGACAAAUUGCUGGAGAGAAGGCAGGAAUCUUCAAGCGAGGAGUGCCGGCCUUUACUGUUCCCCAGCCCGAUGAAGCAAUGCUUGUGCUUGAAGAGAAGGCUUCUGAGUUGGAUGUACAUCUUGAGGUAGCUGCUCCACUUGAUGCCAACAUGCUGAGUGGUUUACAUCUUGGGCUAGAGGGUGAGCACCAAUAUAUAAAUGCUGGUCUUGCCAUUGCAUUAUGCUCUACUUGGCUACAGAGAACUGGCCAUGUUGAAAUUAAUUACCUAAAAGAGAUGACAAAUCUACCCGAGCAAUUUGUUAAAGGGCUAGCAACAGCUGCUUUACAAGGCCGUGCACAAAUUGUGCCUGACCAACUUAUAGAGAGUGAAAGCUCAGGGGACCUUGUGUUCUACUUCGAUGGUGCCCAUAGUCCUGAAAGCAUGGAUGUAUGUGCCAAAUGGUUUUCUCUGGCAAUCCAAGGAGAUUACAAGCAGCACAAUUCCUAUGGGAGUAAUCGAGGACAUAAUGAAUUGGGGGCUUCACAUGAUUCAGUAGAGAUGGGCCAUCAUGAAGCAUCCAAGAAAAGUUCAACUCAAUUCUUACUCUUCAACUGUAUGUCGGUGAGGGAUCCUCAACUACUUCUUCCAAGACUGAUGAGGGCGUGUGCUAAUCAUGGAGUACACUUCCAGAAAGCACUCUUUGUACCUAACGUAUCAGUAUAUUACAAGGUGGGUACCUCAAUGCCAACUGAUACUCAAGUUGAUCUCUCAUGGCAGUUGACUCUACAAAGAAUAUGGGAAAACCUUGUUCAUGGGGAAAAAGUUGCAGGAAAUGAUGUGAAGAAUACAGACCAAAUAUACGAAGAAGUAACAGAUGAUGCGGAAAAAGGAGCUCGAAGUUGUGAGAACAGCAAAGUGUUUCCUUCACUCCCAAUAGCAAUAAAUUGGCUGAGGGACACUGUUCGCAAAAACCGAUCUGGUCGCUACCAGGUCCUGGUGACAGGUUCUUUACAUCUCGUGGGUGACGUUCUGAAAUUAGUCAAGAAGUGAGCUGCUAGCAAUGCCUAAUUAUACUCUCUCCAUUUCCGUUCAUUCUUGCUUCUGAUGUUUCAAUAGAGAACGGGGAAGACUCGAUAGAUCUUUUUUCCAUUAACUGCCCUGAAGUUUUACUCAGUUACCAGCUCCAAUUUAUACCUGGCUGUCAUGCUCUUGGUAAGAAGUUGGAGAUUGAUUUUUCAUGUAUUAACAGGGGCAGAUGCACGCUUACCGCGGCACCGCUUGUCGGAAAAUUUUACUAAAUAUAUUUAUUAAUACUGUACGGAAACGGAUUAGUAGGAAAAAUGAUACCACUUGAUAUAAAUUGUGUCUUGGUGUGUUGGUUA